AUGUCCUGGACCCACACAGUAACUCAGGGCUAUGGAAUGAAGAUCGCGCGGUUCGACAGCGACGCCUCGAGUCCGAGGAUGGGGCCGCGGGCGCCGUGGAUGGAGAAGGAGGGGCCGGAGUAUUGGGACCGGGGGACACGGAUGUUCAAGGACACUGCACAGAGUUUCCUAGUGAACCUAAGGAAACUGCGCGGCUACUACAACCAGAGCGAGGCUGGUUGGGCGGGGGCGGGGCUCGGUGGGCGGGGUGACCGCGGGAGCGGGGGCGGAGCCAGGGUCUCACCCCCUCCAGGAAAGGUAUUGCUGCGACCUGGGGCCGAAGGGCGCCUUCUCCACGGGUAUCAUCAGUUCGCCUACGACGGCAAGGAUUACCUCGCCCUGAACAAGGACCUGCGCUCCUGGACCACCGCGGACCUGGGGGCUCAGAUCACCCAGCGCAAGUGGGAGGCGGACAAUGUGGCGGAGAAGAUGAGCGCCUACCUGGAGGGCGGGUGCCUGGAGUGGAUCCGCAGACACCAGGAGAACGGGAAGGAGACACUGGAGCGCGCGGAGCCCCCCAAGACACACAUGACCCACCACCCCAUCUCUGAUCAUGAGGUCACCCUGAGGUGCUGGGCCCUCGGCUUCUACCCUGCGGAGAUCACACUGACCUGGAAGCAGGAUAGGGAGGACCAGACCCAAGACAUGGAGCUCAUAGAGACCAGGCUCGCAGGGGAUGGAACCUUCCAGAAGUGGGUAGCUGUGGUGGUGCCUUCUGAAGAGGAGCAGAGAUACACAUGUCAUGUGCAGCAUGAGGGGCUGCCUGAGCCCCUCACCCUGAGAUGGAAGCCGCCCUCCCAGCCCACCAUCCCCAUCGUGGGCAUCAUUGCUGGCCUGGCUGUCCUUGGAGCUGUAGUCACUGGAGCUGUGGUCACUGCUGUGAUGUGGAGGAAGAAGAGCUCAGAUAGAAAUGGAGGGAGCUACUCUCAGGCUGCAAUGUGAGACAGCUGCCUUGUGUGAAACUGAGAGGCAACUUUUGUUCACACCUUCCCUUUGUGACUUCAAGAACCCUGACUUCUCUUUCUGAAAAGGCAUCUGAAUGUGUCUGUGUCUCUAUAGAUAUAAUGUGAGGAGGUGGGGAGACCAGCCCGGCCCUGUGUCCACCAUGACCCCCUUCCCCACACUGACCUGCAUUCCUUCCCCAUCACCUUUCCUGUUCCAGAGACCUGGGGUUGCGAUGUCUCCAUCUCUGUCUCAACUUCAUGGCGCACUGAGCUGUAUCUUCUUACUUUCCUAUUAACGUUAGAAUCUGAGUAUAGUUUACUUUUUCAAAUUAUUUCCAUGAGAGGUUAAUGAGUUAAUUAGAGAAGAUUCCUGAAAUUUGAGACACAAAAUAAAUGGAAGACCCAAGAACCUUCCACAGUA